AUGAAAAAGAAGAGAGCUGCUCUUAUUGCAGAAAGCAAGAGUAUGGUGGAGAUUGCUAAAAUAUGUGAAGAAGAAUGGAAGAACAUGACAGACAAGCAAAAAGCAGGUUAUAAAAAAGUGGCAAAGAAGAAGAACAAGCAAUAUACUCAAGAAAUGGACGUCUACAAGCAGAUUAAAGAAGAGGAAGUUGGAAAUGCUAAGAAGGAAGAAGAUGAGCUUUUGAAGGUUCUAAAGCAGGAAACUUUGCAACUGCUUAAAAAGAAAGAGAAAACAGAAACCGUCAUUAAGCUGCUGAACCCCCUGCCGCAUAAUUCUCUAACUCUCGUCGAUCGCAUUAAAUCCCGUGGUGCAGGAUGCAAACGGACAAAGGGACAAUUCCGGAAAAUAUCUGUUCCAAAACACAGGUAUACCCCACUGAAGAAAGCAUGGAUGGACAUAUACAGUCCAGUGUAUGAGCAGAUGAAGGUUGACAUCCGAAUGAAUGUGAAGACACGAAAUGUUGAAUUGAUGACGAGGCGUGACACCCCAGAUGUUAGUAACCUUCAAAAGUGUGCAGACUUUGUGCAUGCUUUCAUGCUUGGUUUUGAUGUGAUAGAUGCAGUUGCAUUGCUGCGAAUGGAUGAGCUUUAUGUUGAUUCCUUUGAGAUUAAAGAUGUUAAGACCCUUAAAGGAGAGCAUCUGUCUCGUGCCAUUGGAAGGCUGUCUGGUAAAGGAGGUAAAACCAAAUUUGCAAUUGAGAAUUCAACAAAGACUCGGAUUGUUAUUGCAGACACAAAGAUUCACAUAUUGGGAUCCUUUGCCAACAUCAAAGUUGCUAGAGACUCUUUGUGCAGCCUUAUCUUAGGAUCCCCUGCAGGGAAAGUAUAUUCAAAACUUAGAGCUGUUACUGCAAGAUUAGCUGAGAGGUUUUGA